UGCCAACACCCAACUUGCAGUAAAUAUUUCACACGCCCCUACAAUUUGGUUUCCCACAUGCGCACCCACACUGCCGAACGCCCAUUUGCAUGCUCACAGUGUGAUAAGCGGUUUGCUCGUCAACAUGAUCGAAACCGCCAUGAAAAACUUCAUUCUGGAGUAAAACCUUAUGUGUGCCCAGAGUGCGACAAACCCUUUGCAAGACAAGAUGCACUAGGCCGGCAC